AUGGACCCGGGCCGUCGAGCGAUGCUGUCUGGGCGCAGGUCCCCCAGUCGCAGAGGCGGCGAGAGAGACAGAGACAUUGCGUCGCCGCGACGCGACCCCAACAACCGCAUCACCAAGCCCUCGAAUCACCCCCCCUCGUCGACUUCGACUUCGAGACCGCCGCGUCAGAAUAAAAGUUCGAGCUACAUGACGCAGGACGAGCAGUCGAGGCAGUUUGUCGCCGACGAAGACAAGUUCGUUCUGAAACAGGCCAAGAAGAAGGCCGACAUACGGGUUCGGGAAGGCCGAGCCAAGCCCAUUGAUCUCCUGGCUUUCAAUCUGCGCUUUAUCGACUCGGAUCGAGACGUCUUCGACGACGACGAUGCCGACCUGCACAUCAACGUGCCGUCUCCAGAGGAUGUGCUGCAGGGGCUGGGCGAAUCACAGCUCCAGGAGCUGGACGCUGACAUGACGUCCUACCAUACCCUGGAGCAAAACGACCGCAACCGCGACUACUGGAGGGCCUUGCAAACUAUCUGCGCCGACAGGCGGCAGAAGCUGAAACCGCAGGGUCCGGACGCCCGGGUCGUCAGCACAGUGUCGGAAGACGUCGACAAGAUCCUGCGCCCCAAGACGUACGAGCAGCUCGACACUCUCGAGUCCCAGAUCAAGGCCAAACUACGCUCCAAUGACGACAUCGACGUCGACUACUGGGAGCAGCUCCUUCGCAGCCUGCUGGUGUGGAAGGCCAAGGCCAAGCUCAAGAAGGUGUACGAAGCAAUCAGCGAGAGCAAAGCUGCCAUGCUCAAGCUGCAAGACCCGACAAAGGCUUCUGCUGCUUCUGCUGCUGCUGCUGCUACUGCUGCUGCUGCUUCUGUCAUCCCAGUGCAGGCCGAGUCUAUUUCGGGCCCUGCGGCCGUCCGGAAUCCGUCAUCUGAACAAUCCAGUAGGGCCGACACGAAGGCGGUGCCUGUUUCAAGUGCACCGCAAGGUGGUGCGCCACCACCGGGAACGGCGCGUUUUGCCCAGACGGGCAACGAAGACUUCUCGCAGGCCACCAAGGCGCUCUACGAUCGCGAGGUGGCACGCGGCGUCAACGAGGACGAGGAGAUAUUCACGGCCGAGGAGACCGUCGCCAGCACGUCGAAACCGCAGUGGGCGGACAAGUACCGUCCGAGGAAGCCCAGAUACUUCAACCGGGUGCAGAUGGGCUAUGAAUGGAACAAGUACAACCAGACGCACUACGACCACGACAACCCGCCGCCCAAGGUGGUCCAGGGCUACAAGUUCAACAUCUUCUACCCCGAGCUGAUCGACAAGACAAAGGCACCCACCUUCAAGAUCAUUCGAGAACACGGGAGGAAAAGGGGAGAGUCCUUUGCAGCUGCAGGAGAGGAGGACACGUGCCUCAUCCGUUUCAUCGCGGGGCCGCCGUACGAAGACAUUGCGUUCCGCAUCGUGGAUCGUGAGUGGGAUUACAGUGCAAAGAGGGACCGCGGCUUCCGGAGCUCGUUCGACAAGGCCAUGGCGAAGUCGACAUGGCACAAUUGCAUGGAGGGAGAGCACAAAGAUGAUUCAGGAGAGAUCAUCUAG